ACCUUACCUUCGUUCUUAUCUCUCUCUCUCUCUCUCUCUCACACGGAAGAGAACACGGAAGAGAAGAGAGAAGUAGAUUUGGCUUUUUCUUAUUGGAUUGAUAAAGAAACUGUUGGGCCUAUAUAGGAGUUAAAUGUAUCAUUGCCUUGUCGAGGGAGAUCUCUGAUUGCAUUAGAGUUCAGGAGUUGCAGAGAGAGGCAUUCAGGCACGGGGGCCAUGGAAACCAAAGCCUUCGUUCUGUAUCUUGUCACGGGUUUCUCUUUGGCCGUUCUAUCCACCUACCUCCUCGGCAACUCUCAUGAAGACCAUCUUCAACUCCCGGCUUCUCUCUCUUCUCGAAACUCAAACCUCACACUUUACUACUCCAAUGGAUCUGGUGGACUCAGCAGUAGCGAACUAGUUUGGCCGGCGCUGACAUUUAGCUGGAGAACUGUAUUGGCAACAGUGAUUGGGUUUCUGGGUUCCGCCUUCGGAACGGUAGGUGGGGUUGGAGGCGGAGGCAUCUUUGUUCCAAUGCUCAAUUUAGUUGUUGGUUUUGAUACUAAAUCCGCUGCUGCUCUUUCUAAAUGUAUGAUAAUGGGUGCAUCAGCAUCGUCUGUUUGGUUUAACUUGAGGGUACCCCAUCCAACAAGGAAUGUGCCGAUAAUCGAUUAUGAUCUCGCCCUCCUUUUCCAGCCCAUGCUUAUGCUUGGCAUCACCAUUGGAGUUGCUCUUAGCGUCGUCUUCCCUUACUGGCUCAUCACAGUCCUUAUCAUUAUUCUCUUCCUUGGGACAUCCUCAAGGUCAUUCUGCAAGGCCAUUAGCAUGUGGAAGGAGGAGACUAUUAUGAAGAAGGAAUUUGAGAAGCAACAGGCAGCUCCAGUGAACUCUCGUGGUGAACUUCUCAUUGAUGCAGAUUAUGAACCACUGGUUCCAAAAGAGGAGAAAACCAGAAUGCAAAUAUUACGUUUCAACCUUAGGUGGAAGAGGAUUCUCGCCCUCGUGCUCGUGUGGGUUAUUUUUCUAGCUCUUCAGAUUCUCAAGAAUAAUUCUGUGGUUUGUGGUGCUUGGUAUUGGGUACUCAACUUCUUACAGUUGCCUGUGGCACUCGUGGUGUUUGGAUAUGAAGUGAUGAAACUGUACAAGGAAAGCAAGAAGAGGAAACUGGAUGGUAACCCAGAGGCAGUUUGUGAGGCUACUAUAGAUUGGACUGCCAUGAGCCUUACUUUCUGUGCUUUCUGUGGCAUUUUGGGAGGUACUGUUGGGGGCUUGUUGGGCUCUGGUGGUGGAUUCAUAUUGGGUCCUCUCCUCCUCGAGAUCGGGGUCAUCCCCCAGGUUGCUAGUGCGACGGCAACAUUCGUCAUGAUGUUCUCCUCAUCUCUAUCUGUGGUGGAGUUUUACUUGCUGAAGAGAUUCCCCAUCCCAUUUGCUUUGUAUCUCAUAUCAAUAUCAGUUUUGGCUGGCUUUUGGGGGCAGUUCUUUGUAAGAAAAUUGGUUACAUUGCUAAAAAGAGCUUCUAUCAUUAUCUUCAUCCUCUCUGGUGUUAUCUUUGCUAGUGCUCUAACAAUGGGCAUCAUCGGUGUUGAGUCAAGCAUCACCAUGAUACGUCACCAUGAAUAUAUGGGAUUUCUAAGUUUUUGUGAGAACUGAAUUCUUACGACGCUGGAAGAAACAGAGACAGUUCAUAUAAAGGGGUGGGUGUUGGCCAAUACCUAAUUGUCCAAACCCAAGCUUGAUUUAUAGGUCUGAUUAUUUUCUACACUCUCAAGAGAGUGUUAUUAUUGCUAUUGGUGUCAUAAAUGUGUGUUAGCAUAUUGCUUUCACCGUCAAUAUUUGCAAUAAAAUAGCGUCUUAUUUCUUUGAUUUA